AUGUUCGGUACCUGCAAGGAAAAAGAUUUUGAUUUGCACAAAAAAUUCAAUGGACCAGCAAGGAAGAGGAAAGUAAGAAAGGAAGUUGAGGAGUUAGCAAAGCAAAUAGGAAUAUCCAAGGAGGCUAUGCAAAGAGCUAGAGAGAAAAACAUACUAAAGGAGGAGGACAUGGAAAAACCCAAAAAGUCAAAAUUUAUCUCCACUCCUCCCAAGCAAUCAAAGCCUAAACAGUCUCAGCCUACACCUACCUUCGAUGUGCAAAAGUUCGUUCCUCCACCCAAGUCACAAUCAACAUCAACUGGUGGAGCAGGGAAGAGAAAGAAAGAGAAACCAACAAGAAAAUAUAUAACUACAAAGGAAGAAACUGAAACAGAUGAAAAGGUCGGAGAAGUAAAGAAGACAACCACUUAUGCUAGACUGGUAAGGAAGCCUCAAACCGGUGGUGCCCAAUCAACCAAGAAGCCAAGGGCAGAAGCUAAGUCAUCUGAAAAAGCUAGAGAAAGCAAGAAGCAGAAGUCAAAAUUGGAUGAAGCUCUCAAAUUCAGAAAAGUACAAGGUACAUAUGAAGUUGUGCCCCGAAUGACCCUAAAACAAAUAAUUGAUGAAAUUCUUAAGGAUGGAAACUUGAAGAAUGUGCCUGUGAUUGAUGUGAACCUGACACAUGAUGACUCUCAUCCGAGAGAGCAAUCACAUGACACAUCUAUUCUGGAAGUGCAUAAAGUUGUUCUUGACAAGCAAAAAGAUCAAUCAUUUGAGAAAGCUAUUCUAGAAGAAAAGCCCAAGGUACAGAUCACAGUUGAUGAUCCUGUUGAUAACGUUGAUGACUCUGAUGAAGAUGUACAAGAUCCUCUGGUGAUUGAAGUUGUGUCAGAGAAGAUAGCUAAGGAGACAGAUGAUACAGAUAAGGAUAAGGAUGAUGGUGAGAAAGGUGAAAAGGAUGAGAGUGCAAAGGUUGCAAAAAAGGAGAAAGGAGAGGAGAAGACAGAUCAAGUCCUGGUAACAAUGGCAGGAGACACUGUUGCUGGUAAAGGGAAACAAAUUGCUACAAAUUAA